UCCAGACGUGCACCACAGAAGCUUGAAAAAGCUUUAAAAACCCUGGCAUUUAGUAAUUGUGCGUUGGGUAUUUGAACGUUGAAGAGGGUUGAAGUCUGUCUUUACGAUCUUGUGAAAUUUGUAUUUUGUACCUCUGAAGUUUUGCAGCCAUGUCUGAGACUUGCACACAAUGUUACAUGAAGAUCACUGACUCCACUGUAAGGUACCAAAACCAGCCGUAUCACGGCACUUGUUUUGUGUGCUGGCAUUGCCGCAAGCCUCUUGCAGGCCAGACCUUCCAGAUGAGGGAUGAUAAGAAGGUCUGCAAAGACUGCAACCGUACUCACUACGCCAAGCGUUGCGUAGCCUGUAGAAACUACAUCGAAGGCAACGCCAAGUAUGUGACCCGAGAUGAGGGCACCUACCACAGCGACUGCUUCGUGUGUGCUCGUUGCAGGAACCCCCUGGCUGGCAAGACCUUCACCGAGCAUGAAGGAAAACUAGUCUGUGACGACUGCUAUCAUGAGCGCUACGCCAAGAAGUGCGAAGUCUGCAAAAAUGUCUUGGAGGGUAACAUCGAGUUUGUGAAGUAUGAUGAGAAGUUCUUCCAUCAUGAGUGCUUCGUGUGCUACCGCUGCAGGAAGCCUCUUUCUGGAGAGUCGUUCCGUAUCAGGGGUGCCAACAGGCUGUGCAUACCAUGUGCUGAUCGCUAAACCUCUCUUGCCUCACCAACCGGCUGCCUCUUAUUUGCGUUACGUCACUUUUAUUUCAAUUUAACCCUAAAAUAUAACUGUAAUUUCCAUAUCUUGACUCUGAUUUAGAAAUUCGUUUAAUCCAAAUCCAAUGUAUCUGAAAUACUAAGUCUAUGCCAAGUGUAUUCUGAAAAACAGGGAUACGUUGUUUGAUUUAGCAGCGAGGUAUCUGUUUUAACUGGGUUGAGUGCAGCCGUUGAAGGUAGUUUGUUAGUAUAGGUCUAUUAGAAUAUAACUUUCCAUGUAUUAAGAAUUUUCAAACAUUUCUACAAAUUAAUUUGAACUCUUUAAUUUUUGUCCAAGCACAAUAAAGACCUAAAAACCACA